AUGUACGCUCUUACUCUGACCGCAGAGCUCGAGGGUGUCACAAACCUUCGGCCAAACGACACCCAGGAUUCGCCCUUCUACUACACUUUCAAAGUCCAGUGCACGUCGUGCCGCGAAGUUCAUCCUAACACCGUUACCGUCAGCCGUUUUCGCGAGUCUUCUGCCUCCAUCACAUCUGUUCCAACCCCCUACGAGCAGGCUGAGCCGGCCAAGGCUCAAAAGAUCCUUCUCUUUGACUGCCGUGGGUUGGAGUUCACUGAGUUCAUCCCUGAGGGAGAGUGGCUUGCGGAAGGCCUUGAGUCUGGCACACAGUUUUCUGGGAUUGAGCUCACGGAGGGUGAGUGCGAAGCUCAUCUGGAUGACGGCAUCAUGGCUUCCAACGAGCUCGCCGCAACACUCAAAUUCCUUACAAAUGCGGGCCAUCUGCUUGCUGAGACAGCCCCAGAGACAUCGGCUUACAUCAUGAGCCGACGCAAUGAUCUCUUGUUCGAGCAUGAGGUGCAGCUCUCCGACAAGGAAAGGCAGCGGGUGUGCACAUGUUGUGGCCAUAUCAUGCUCCCUGGCCAGGGUGACUUUCUGCAGAUUAAAUCUGCAAAAUGCAAGCAGAGAAAGAAGAGGAAAUCUCCGAAGGGCAAGUCAGCUCCUAAGCUUGGUGUGCAGCCUUACCAGUCGGGGCCGACGAAAACCAUCACCUGCGGUCACUGUGGCAGAGUCACAGAGAUCAAGCUGCCAGCCCCUACUCCUAUUUACAGGCGAGCCUCCAAGGCCCAAGUUCAAAGCCAAAAAGUCUCUUCCAGAGUUUCUUCCAAGCCUUCGACGCUAGGAGCGCCCUCUUCUGCAGUCAGCUCCCGGCAAGAAACCCCGUCACAAAAGCCAAGCGCAAGCGCAAGCAGCAAGAAGCGAGCCAAGUCCCGCAAGGCAGGGCUGCAGGCUCUGCUCGACCAUGCAAAUGCAUCGCGCAACUCAGGUCUGGGAUUAGGCUUGAGUCUUGCCGACUUCAUGGAGAAGAAGUGA